AUGAUGUUCAACUCCCUUGUCACGGGAUCUCAAACCCCGAGGAGUAAUUUCAACAGCGAGAGGCCGCUGCCGUUGACCCCGGACGAGGUUACUUCUGAGUGGCUAUCAGAAGCUCUUGGCGUUGCUGUGAAGGACUUCAAGAUUAGUUCUGUUAUACACGGCACUUCCUCGAAAGUCUUUGUGGACCUCGUCUUCGGCGAUGGUGUCAAGACGGAGAUUCCUAGUAGGGUUGUCCUGAAGGGGGGUUUCAACCCGGUGAUUCGUGAGACGGUUCCUCAGAUGUUACCGACCUAUCGCCGCGAGGCUGAGUUCUACUUUCACGUUGCGCCGCAGACUACAAUGCUUCUUCCCAGGAUCUGGUUCGCUGGUACAGACACCGUUAACUGCCAAGGCAUCUUCAUCAUGUCGGAUGUAUCAAGCGAAGCUACUUUCGGCACCCCACUAGAGCCCUGGGCACCUGAGCGAGUUGGUGAAGCAUUGAAGCAACUCGCCAGUCUGCACGCGAAGACCUGGAAUACUAAGGAGGAGGAAUACCCCUGGCUCUUUGGAAAAGACGGAUCAAAGUUGGAGAACCCUGUUCGAAACAUCAUACUGGCGCUGCUGGAGCCUGCACCAUGGGGAGCACGGUUCGACGAAAAGGUUCGGCCGCCUGUUGCCAAGGAACUGCUUGACCCUAAUCGGAUACGCAAGGCAUUUCAGGCUCUUUGGAAACAUGCGGAUGCAGAUCAGAGGUAUUACUCACUAAUUCAUGGCGAUGACCAUGUUGGAAAUACGCUGAUCGCGAAUGACGGAACUCCUGGGUUUAUCGAUUGGCAAGGUCUGCAGUAUGGACCGUCGGUUCUAGACUUGGCGUACUUCCUCACGGGUGCUUUAACUGUGGAGGAUAGACGGAAACAUGAAGCAAGUCUUAUUGAUGGGUAUUUGGAGGCUUUGCAUAGAGAGGGAGGACCGAAGUUGACGAGAGAGGAUCUUUGGGAUGAUUAUCGCAGAUACAGUCUACAAGGCUUCUUGUGGGCCAUGACUCCUCAGACUAUGCAGCCAGACGAGGUAGUAUUCGCCAUGGCGGAGAGAUACUCUGCUUGUAUUGUCGACCAUGCAACGCUCGAACUGCUUGGGGUUUAA